AUGUUUAACAGAGUCCCGAACCCUUCUCCCAAGUACUCCUCAUCUAGCGCGGCCUUCUCCCAAGUACUCCUCUCCGGCAAACUCCUCUCCAGCAAACUCCUCUCCGGCCUCCAGAUUCGGGGCGUCGGCGGACUCCUACAUCGGGAGCCUCAUAAGCUUGACCUCCAAGAGCGAGAUCAGAUACGAGGGCAUCCUCUACAGCAUCAACACCGAGGAAUCCAGCAUAGGCUUGCGCAACGAGGUGUCUGGGCGAUGAUUGCUGUCUUUUUAGCCUAUUCCUUGCUGCAAGCACCUUCAACGGUUUUUAUAAGGCCACAUCCUGCAAUUUGGCGCUUAGUUCAUGGAAUGGCUGUUGUGUACCUUGUUGCCCUAACAUUUUUGCUUUUCCAGAAUCGUGAUGAUGCUAGGCAGUUUAUGAAAUAUCUCCAUCCUGCUCUGGGAGUUGAAUUACCUGAAAGAUCAUAUGGAGCUGGUUGCCGUAUUUAUGUCCCAGAGAAUCCAAAAAACAGGUUUUUCAAUGUUUAUAAUACAUUAUUUGAUGAGUUUGUUCUUGCUCAUAUUUUUGGAUGGUGGGGUAAGGCAAUAAUGAUACGAAACCAGCCCCUUCUGUGGGUGUUGUCAAUUGGCUUUGAAUUGAUGGAGUUUACUUUUCGCCACAUGUUGCCAAAUUUCAAUGAGUGCUGGUGGGAUAGUAUUAUUUUGGACAUCUUGAUCUGCAAUUGGUUUGCUGAGACCUUAGUUACUCUCUUGUUACCUGCAAAUGGAUGCGAAAAUAAUUACUUUAGUAAUGGUUGAAUGAUGUGUUGAACAUAAAGUAUGAAAAUUUGCCUUACCUCUGAUGCUUUGGUGGCAUAUUUUGAAAUAUGGUCUCAUACUAGCAUGUCUGACAGUACUGACUUGUGUUGUCCAAUGCUCAUUAUCACUAAAAAGUAAUAGCCAUAUGACCCAUUGGUAAAUACUUGCAGGUACUUCAACUGACAUCUAAAAUUUUUUAGAAAUGCAGCCUUAGUGGUCCAUUUUGUUUCUGAGUAAAUGCAUCAUUGUGAACGCUUUUAGGUUGGUCACAGAAGUCUCCCUGAUAGUCUGAACCUUCAUUAUUGGUGACUGGUGGAUACAGGACAGCCGAGAUCAGUACACUAAGGAGCGUUUGGAUUCAGUAAUUGAUCAGUACACUAGCGUAUGGAUUCAGUAACUACUGUACUAUUUUGAGUAAACAGAUUGUUGGCUACUUCAGUAUUCAGUAUUCAGUAAACAGAUUGUUGGCUAAA